AUGUUGAGCACGCCCAUGAGCAUGUCGAUGGACACCACCAGCAAACACUACACCGCUACGUCCAGCGAGAACACGGCGCCAGAUCAGGAGGCUGUCGACCUCUCCCUCUACGAGGCCGCCAAGGACGGCGACCUGCACGCCGCCUUCGUCGCCAUCCAGAAGGGAGCAGACCUAGGCUCGCAGCACGACAUCAGAAAGGAAACGGCUCUUCAUGUAGCAGCGUAUGCCGGCCACAAGGACAUGGUCGUCUUCCUCGUGCAAGUGGGUGCCAACAUCGACUGCCAAACACGACUGGGACGGACUGCUCUCCAUCUCGCCACGCUGUCCAUUCAGCUCCAGAACAGAGCCGAGAUUGCGACGUUUCUUCUCUCCAGCGGCGCCAACCGAUCACUAAGAGACCUGGACGGCAAGACGGCGCGAGACUACGCCCUCGAAGAAGGCCAGUUCGACCUGGCCGAUCUGAUGGACAGGCACGAGGCCGCGCCCGCGAUGCAGCCCAUCCCCGCCUCGGCCAUUGUGCCCGCUCUGGUACACGCCGCGGCAUCCCUGCACACGAAGAUUCCUGCCGCGUCGAAGCGUGACAUGGACGGCGUCGUGCGGAGUGUAUGA